AUGCUCGACCUGCACGCCGCAUCCGGCGGAAUAACGGACGAGGAAACCCUGCAAGCCAUUAUCGCGGUGCAGUUGGCGGACCUCGACGAAGCCCUGGCGCUCAGCAACCGCAAGGGCAAAGGCGUUGUAGGCGCUGAGUCCCCGCGGGUGUCGGCGGCCGAGAACCCGCUGCAAGCUUACCGCGACUAUCUCAGUAAGGAAGCCAUUUGCCUGGCCGAUGCGAAGCUGGCGAGAAGUAUGGACCAGGCGCUGAAAGAAGACGCGUUCAUCAUCGGCGAGGCCCUGCAAUUCCUGCAGGAUCGCCAAUUGGCGAUGGAUCUGUCUGGGCAUGUGGAUGAGCCGGUUCGGGGCUUUUCUGUGCCUCGGAUGAUGCACACGCCUGGCGCGGAUUCGAGACUGCCCAUGGGAUAUGCCACCGGCUCUGGCACGUCCUCUGGCGUAUCCUCAUCCACCAGCCUCCCAUGCGAGGCAGUUUGUUGUUCGUGUCUUGAGGAUCACUUCUGCGUCACGGCACCGUGUGGGGACACGUACUGCCACAACUGCCUCAAGAAGGUAUUCCACAACGCGACUUGGGACGAGGAGCUGUUUCCCCCUCGCUGCCACAAACAGGAGAUUCCGUUGUACCUCGCCCAGCCGUUUCUGCAGAAGGAGGAGAUUGCAGAGUUCAAGGCGAAGCGGGAGGAAUUCACCUCCCACAAUCGCGUCUACUGCCACAACAGCCAGUGCGGUGUCUUCAUCCUGACGAAGAACAUCGUGGACGACUGUGCAACCUGUAAUGCGUGUGCCAUGCGAACCUGCGUCAGCUGCAAACAACGGUACCACGGCAAAACCGACUGUCCCACCGACACAAACCUGAACAAGACGCUCGAACUAGCCGCAGCCAAUGGCUGGCAGCGCUGCUACACCUGCCACGCACUGGUCGAGCGCCUCUUCGGCUGCCAACACAUCAGCUGCAAAUGCGGCGCCGAAUUCUGCUACCGCUGCGGGCUCAAGUGGAAAACGUGCCAAUGCGGCGACUGGGACGAGCGAGCGCUGGAGCGGCGGGCAGAGCAGCUCGCGAUCCGCGAGGUUCUGGCGGACCGCCCCGCCGUGCCCGCACGCAUCGCACACCGCACCAGGGAGAUCCGGCAGCGCCUGCAGGAGCGCCACGUGUGCGAGCAUGAUGGUGAAUGGCAGGUCUUGAACGGCCAACAUAACUGCGAAAUGUGUGGAGAUAGGCUGAGGGCGUAUAUAUGGAGCUGCGAGGGCUGCUCGGUGCUGGCGUGCACAAGGUGCAGGAUGCAUAGGGUCUGA